GAGCGGUUAGGAUGCAGCUGAGUGGGGCAGCGCUGCUGCUGUGCGCGGCGGGGCUGGCAGCGGCCCCCGCGCCCGCACCGGGAGCCGGGACCGAGCGGCGGGCGGCGGCGGGAGCCGGGCGGGAGCGGCGGGCGCAGUUCGCCUCCUGGGACGAGGUGAACGUGCUGGCCCACGGGCUGCUGCAGCUGGGGCACGGCCUGAAGGAGCACGUGGAGCGCACCAAGGGACAGCUGCGGGAGCUGGGCGGGCGGCUGAGCGCCCACAACAGCUCCCUGGGGCGGCUGCUGCGGCAGGCGCGGGAGGCGCAGGAGCGCGGCGAGCGGCUGCGGGGCAGCGUGCGGGAGCUGGAGGGCCGCGGCCAGCAGCUGCUCAACCUCUCCGAGGCGCUGCGGCAGCGGCUGGAGGAGGUGGCGGCUGACAAGGACGCGAUCCAGGGCCGGCUGGAGCGGCUGGAGGGCCGGGUCCGUCUGGCGCUGCAGGCGCGGCCGGCUGGGAACCAGAGCGCUCGGGACCUGGGGGCGCUGCAGUCCCUUAUGGAUGCUCAGAACCUGCGGAUUGAGGAGCUUCUGCAGAAAAUCAAGCAGCAGCAGUACAAGCUGGACAAGCAGAACCUGCAGAUUAAAAGCCUGCAGAGCAAGGUCAAUCUACUAAUUCCCCUACACCACAACAAAACACAGUCUCCAAAGUGGAAGAUAAACCUGAAGAAGAGCCUCAAUAUCACUAACCAGAGUCAGAAUGGCAGUGGGGAGCCUGUGCAGACACAGAAGCUCCCAGAGGAUUGCCACCAGCUGUUUCUGGCUGGGCAGCAAAGCAGUGGCAUUUUCCAGGUGCAGCCUGCAGGAUCUCAGCCCUUCAAAGUGUACUGCGACAUGACUGCAGAGGGUGGCUGGACAGUGAUCCAGAGGCGGAUGGAUGGCUCUGUGGACUUUGACCAGCUCUGGGAUGCCUACAAGAAUGGCUUUGGAGACCUUCGUGGUGACUUCUGGCUGGGCCUGGAGAAGAUACAUCGCCUUGUCCAAGAGGGAAAAUACAACCUGAUGAUUGAGCUGGAGGACUGGGAGGGGAAUUCCCAGGUGGUUCAGUUUGUCUUCAGUCUUGGUGGUGAGAACACAGCCUACACACUCAACCUGCUGGGGCCUCUGUCUGGAGAGCUGGAAAACGCCAUUGGGGAAUUCAGGCAGCUGCCCUUCUCCACUCGGGAUCGUGACCAUGACCUUAAAGCUGACACAAACUGUGCCAAACACCUCUCAGGUGGCUGGUGGUUCAGCACCUGUGGCCAUGCCAACCUCAAUGGGAAGUACUUCCGCUCCAUCCCCCGGCAGAGGCAUGAGCGCAAGCAGGGCAUCUUCUGGAAGACAUGGAAGGGCAGGUACUACCCCCUGAAGUCAACCAUCAUGAAAAUCCAACCUGCAGCACUGGAAGCAGAGCCCUAAAGUUGCUACUUGAGACUUUCUCUGUGGAGUAUGGACUUGAGCUCCAUCACUCUGUUUACAGAAAACAAUCUCCCCUUCCUCGGUUAGAAGCCUUUUAGAGGCACAACACUGCUCCUCACUAAGAGUAAAACAGCUCCACAUUUUCAAAACUCCUGGAUGGGAGCUCCCAAACCUGAAGAACCCCAGGAGGGUGAUCCACCUCCAGGGCAUGCAUAAAGGUCUUCAUACCUGCCAUGUGCUGCUGCAGGAAGUUCAAAUCGUCCGGUGCUUUCUGUCUUGUCUUAACAUUUCUGUAUUGUGUUGAUGAGCUGGGCCUGGGGCAGGUGGGGCAUGUGAGGUGUUUCACUGCUCUGGACCACAGCACUGGGUUUGGAGCCUUGUCAUGUCCUGUCUUUAACUGUUCUUCCAAAAUGAUGUCCCACAUACUCUCCUGUGAGAGUCCCCUGGAACCUCCUUCCUGUGUUGGGGGUGAAAGCAGUGAGCCUCAGGCAGUUCCAUCUGUGCAGCCCCUGUACCACUGAGGUACAGGGCUUGGUGGGGGGCUGAGGGUGACCUGUGCAGAAGGGGACUUCAGGCUCAUUUGCCUUCCCCUUCAAGACCUGUAUUUCUGGCUAUGCUGGAAUUUGCUGGGAGCUGGGAAAACUGCUUCCAGCUCUAAGGUUGAUGGGUGAGAUCCUGCAGCUGGUUGCCUGAGGGGCCAGGUCCUGGGCAGCUGUGUAUGGGCCUCUGCCUGGAGCCUACCACUGCUGCUGGAAAGUGGGUAGGAUGAGCCAUGGGACAGCACAGAUAUGGAGCAGGGAUUGUCCCUGGGUGGAACCAGCCCUGCUGUCACUGUCAGCCCCCCAGAAAUAGGAGCUGCCUUCUUCCACCAGACACCUCAUGCUUUGCAGAGUGGCUGGACCCUGACCUGCUUGUGUGUCCCAGUACUACAACAGGGGACAGAGCAGGGUUUCUCUGCAAAAGCCACAGAGCCACACUUGUUCAGGUCUGUACCAUGAUGUAUGGCAUCACUUCUGCCUUUGGGGUGGGUGUCUGGGGAGAGGUGGCCAAAACUGGUCCCUGAAAAGUCACAAACCAAGCUGCAGUCUUGGGGCUUCCCAAGUAUCCUGCCCUAAUGAAGUCAUAUUGACUACUGUGCUAGAGAUCCUAGCUGCUAAAUACUGUACAUAGUUGUAGGAUGUUGGGCCUUGUUGAUGAAUUCCCUGUUUCAAUUUGUUUUCAUAUUUAAAUGUAGUGUUAAUAGCAAUGUGGUGUAAUUUAUAAUGUUGAUGCUGGAAAGGAAAGCAAGUGUAGUUUGUGUAUUUGAAACUUUUUUUGUACUAAAAUAUCUUUUCUGGAGAUGUCUUUUAAUAAAAACAAGCCUUUAAGUGUCCUGCUUGGAUUAUUUUCCUGGUGGUUUAGCUGUGGCAGAUGUGUGGGAGCAGUGUGAGGACUCUGCAUUUGUAAACUUUCUUUGUUGCAAGUGUGACCUGAGCACUCUGCUCCCUUCUGUGCUCCAUGUUCAUGUAGCCUUAUGGAGCUUUGAGAUAAAUUGCUGCUAUAGGGCCCAGCAGCAGGUUUUAGUCUGCUUGAAGUUUAUGGGCUCCUAAAUUUCUUUUCUUCCUGGAAAUUAGACUGUGGCAAGUUUAUAAGUGCUGAUGUCUUGGGUUUUCUUAUUGCCUGAUGGAUGAAGGGGAUAUUCCUUGGAGGUGGCUGGAAAAGCCUGUGCCAGCUCAGCUCUUUGGAAACAAGCAGAAGCUAAGGUCUGGAUGAUCCAGGCCAAACAAAGUCAGCUGAUCAGGGCAAGCCCCACUAACUAGUAACCUUUUAGCUGCUCAUACCACAUGUAUGUAGUCAUCUUCAAAAGCAUUUCUUGUAACUCCUGUGGGGGUGAUUAUAGAUGCAUGAAUGACAUGAGCUGGAGAUGGAUCAGGGGUCUUUAAGGUGAUAGGGGUAAAUUCUACCAGUGUUCCCAAUCCCAUCUAUGCUUUUUCUCCAGCUCCAAUAUACUAGAGCUGGAAAAAAAAAUCAUAGGUUCUUCUCUGGCUGGUCAAGGAAGGAAGAGGAAAAACUGCAUGUUGCAGGAAGAAGAUAUGUGAGUGGCCUAGUCCCCUGAGCAGCUCCAAAAAUAUCUGAUGUACCUAAAUGUGGCCCUGUCUCCCACAUCUGUCCUGCUUUCCUGUGGGAAAUCCCAGGGUUAGUGAUCGCUCCAAGCACAACUGCAAACAGCCCAUUAUACCCUGCAUUCAGAAAUGCAUUUUUAAUAUUCUCUUUGCUUAAUUCAAAACUUGCUUAGUCCUUGAGUGCAGCAGCAGAUACUGGAGUGCAUAUUUUAGUCUGGAUGCUAAAGUGAUGAGACUGAGGUGGGAUUUAUGCAUCAAAUACUAAUUGGUGAAGGAGUUCUUCUGCAAUGCUGGGUUUUUUGGGUUUUUUUUGCAGACUUGGGGUUUGCUCCCUGUGGUGCAUUUGAGCUACAAGAGGUGCCUGGUGGAUUAUGCCAGCUGGUACCAGACACCAUCCAGGGUUUGGUAAAUGCCCUAAAUCUUGCCUAUCCCUUCAAGGACCCUCUACAGAAGCCAGUUCUGAGUCUGUUUUAAUCUGAAAUCCUCCAUCUCUUUCAUUUUUAACAACCCUUUCAGCUACUGUUCAUGUCAGCAACUGGGACUGCCCCAGGGCUCCCUCCAGCGACAGCGCCAGCGCAGCACUGCUGGAGCACAGGCAUCCUCCAGCUACUGCAUCCUGCUGCUGCUGCUCCCAAAACCAGCCGUGGCUCCCGCAGGGCACGGGCCCUGCUGGACCAGCAGCUCCUGGUGGCAUGAGCUACCUGGCACUUCAAGAUCCCCCAGCAAAACCCUAGUGAGAGCUGGUAUAGGGGCUGCUUCUGAAGGUGGGGAUGGUGUAAGGCCAAAGGCUGCAGGGUCUGGACAUGGUGGGAUGGGUUCUUUGGGGCCAGCAGCACUGUGGGAUAGGCUGGGGCUGUGCCUCAAUGGGUGGCAUGGAGCUGGCGUGCCCCUCUGCUGAGCUUAGAGCCAUCAGUAGAAGCAGAUUGACCCAGGAUUCUCACAGAGCAUCAUUAGAUCAAGAUGAAGUUGUGUAUUAGGCACCAACAUCUCGAGCCAGCUGUUUGUUGCCCCAAAAAGUGAGGAUAGGUUCAGUCUGCUGCAAAGAGCUCUCUCUGAACAGUAGCAGUAGCAUCGGGAAACAUGACAGCAGAGCCUCAAGCUCUUUUUUAUUCUUCAGUGGAAUCCAAAUCAUUCCUUAGCAAAAAGGGAAGGUGUUUGUGUGUACACAGACCUGCUCCAGCUUGGAGGGCCAGGCUGAACUCCUGCAUCCAUGGCACCAAGGUGCUGGAGUGAGUAAGCCAGAGGCCUCACCUGAGCCUCCCACCACCAGUGUAGCACCACAGCAGCGGUACAAAAUCUAAAAAGGCAAAUUGGCAAAUCUCCACUGAGAACAGAAACCUGCCACACUGCCAAGGAACAGCAAACUGAAAGCAAGAGAAUAGUUCCCCACCCAUCAACACUUUCCAGGCACCCUUAGCCCAGCACUUGGCCCCACCAGCACUAGCAAGGGUCACACUUUCAAAGUCAUCCCCUGGCUCCCAAUGCCUCAGGGUACCUGGCAGACACAGGGAUGCCAGGGCUCUCCCAGUCCUCCCAGCAGCUUCACCUCUCCUGGUGGAGCUCAACAGCGCUGAGCACAAAUUAAGUUUCUUGUGGACAUGGGACAUGCUUGGAACAGCCUUGCACCUGCACCUUUACCAGGGACACCUCCCAAGCAGAGUGUUCUAGGACGGGUCUUUGAGAGUGCUCACAGACUUCCCAGGGGUUCAGACCCCACUAACAGGGUGGGAAGGGGAAGUCCUGGCUGAAGCAUCCCAGACAGGUGGCUGUGUCUGGAAAGUGUUGGUGAGUGGGGAACUCUUCUCUUGCUUUCAGUUUGCUGUGCACAUGGAACCUCCUGAAAAAGGGCACCUCAGCUUCCAAAUGUGUGCUGCUUAUGUCCAUUUUCGGGGAAAACUUCUAUUUCUUGUGAAUUCAAAUUGAGUUGGAACUAUUUGAACGUACUGUUGGGGUGUAAACUAGAAAUACCAUGGAUUGUGUUCUCCAGGUGUGUAUCAGCUCACACACCACUUCAUUUUUGUAUGUACAUGAGAUUCCCUGUGAAUAUGCACUUGCUUACAAAGUUGCUAUUGUGAUAUAUGUUAUAAAGUAAUUCGUGUUAAUUUGUGAUUUAUGAAAGACGAAUCAUGUUUGUAUAAAUAAAGACAUUAAUAAAGGAACUUUAGGAACACUAAACCACAGCGAGGAGGAAGGAUUGCGUCAUAGAAUUCCAACGCUGCAGCCGCUGACAAAGCCGCGAUUAGCAAGUUAAUAGAACCAGCUCCAACGGAGGUGACUCGUUAUGAAGCAGUUCAGGAAACUCCCAAGCUGUGAGCACUCAAUAAGCACCGUCAACCAAGAUAACCAGGGUCUUCAGGAAAACUGCAUCUCAAUACCCCCGUAAACCAAAAUUGGCACUCAUCAAAAUUCAUCACUGCCCAGAAAUGGUUUUGUCCAGUUCACCGCAGAGAAAGGAGACUACAUGAAUAUGUGAAUCCACGACAGGAAAAGAGGACUUUUGCUCCAGGCCAGAAAAACUGUAUAAAACCAGGACUGACCAGGACAGCAUUCGUGAACACAGGGGGAUCUGAUGCGGUAAAGGUCGGAUCUGUGUGUGUGUUCACCCAGCACUGAUCCUGCGCUCGGUGUUGUCUUUUUAAUUGUAGCUAUCGAGAACCGUAUUUCGGUCGCAAAAAUAAAAAUUACUUCUUUAAUUUUUUUUUUAA